GUCCGCAGGGAUGCAAUAAGCUUAAUAACAAAGUAGAAAGUCCCACCGUGAAAGGAUCUCUGAUGUCCAUCAAAAGCGAAGGAAGACCUCACCAAGCGGUGAAAAGUCAGGAAGUGCAAACAGACCCAGAAAUUGCUCGCCAACGCGAUGGUGACGUCGACCACGUAAAUGCUGACAUCAUUCGUUACCUGAAUCAAAUCAAUGACAAAGCGAUUUUUCGGUCCUAUGAACCAGAGCCUACGUACCAUUCUGGGGGAUUCUCGCCUCUGUACGACAUGUACGAAGAAAGAUUCUGCUUUCGGUACCAAGGACCUCAACACCAUCCACCGGAAGACAUUCAAAUGUUCAGACCAAGGGAAUACAACACUCACCCCAUCCAACAGCUGCGACGCGAAUGCUACGCCAAAAACAAUUUCUCUUCCCAAAACGAUGCGCAUCAUGUUAAGCACAGCUCCCCGGGAUUUCAGUUCUCAAAUGAUUCC